CGACCGGGUUGGACGCCUCGAUAGGCUCCUGCAAGAAAACCCUCGCAGCGGAAGGAUCACAAUUCACAGGCGCGACUCCAGUGCUAGUCGCCUCCUCCUCUCCUUCCUCGCGUCGAAACCCUUCCAUUUAUUCGCAAACCCUAGAAGAUGUCGGGCGGAUUCUUCCGGGGAACCUCGGCGGAUCAGGAUACUCGCUUCUCCAACAAGCAGGCGAAGCUUUUGAAGACACAAAAAUUCGCGCCGGAGCUCGAUCAUCUGGUGGAUAUGACGAAGGUAAAGAUGGAUGUGAUAAGGCCAUGGAUCGCAACCAGGGCGACAGAGCUCCUUGGGUUCGAAGAUGAAGUCCUCAUUAACUUUGUAUAUGGACUUCUGGAUGGCAAGGAGGUGGACGGGAAACAGAUCCAGAUCCAGCUCACUGGGUUCAUGGAGAAGAAUACAGGGAAGUUCAUGAAGGAGCUUUGGGCUCUACUGCUCAGUGCUCAGAAUAAUGCCAGUGGGGUUCCUCAGCAGUUAUUGGAUGCGAAGAAAGAGGAAACAGAUAGGAGAAAGGCGGAGACUGAUAGAAUUGCUCAGGAAAUUCAGAAGAGAAAAGAGAAAGUGGGAAGAGAGCUGGAACAAGAGAAACAGAGGGGGAUGGAUGGGGCAGCUGAAAAGUCAAGGUCUGCUAAUGCUGAUUCUGGUUCAGUUUCAAAGCGAUCACCGCCAAGGGCUUCUAGUGUUCACCCUGAAGAAGAUAGAGAAGCGGACAUGGGGCAUCAUUCAAGAUCAAAAAGCUGGCAGACACCUUCACCAAGUAAGUCAUUCAACAAAUCAUUUUCAAAAUCUGGGAGCUACUCAAAGGGAGGUUGGAAAUCAAGGAGCAUAUCUGUUUCAUCUCAGUCACAAAGGUCAAACUCUCCUAAGAGGCGGUAUCGCUCACCACCUAGACGGUCUAUAUCUUCUGAGAGGCGAUACAUAACUCCACCUCGACGUUCCAUUUCUCCAAGCCAUAGGCAUUCACCACGAUACAAUCGAUCACCUUUAAGACGAAGAUCGCCUCGUACUAGGCGAAGAUCAGUUUCCUUAUCUAGGAAUCGAUCUCCCUCUCCUAUCCGGCGGAGAUCUCCUUAUGCACGAAAAAGAUCUCCAUCAUAUGUGCAACGUGGUUCUCCUUCCUCGAGUCGCAGGUCUGCAGUUCAAGUCCGCAGGAGAUCACCUUCUCCCUUACAUCACAGGUCUCCUAUCCGACGCAGGUCUUUGUCACUAGUAAGGCGCAGAUCCCCAUUUCCUUUAAGGAGGAGAUCACCUCCACCUAGGUCUCCAAAGCACCGAAGGAGGUCACCUCUGCAUUCGCCUAGAAGUCGUGUUGUGGAUUGUCAAGCAUCUCCAUGGCAAAGAAAGAGGAGCCGCAGUCCAUAUAGGAGCCAGAGUCCACCAUAUCCAACUCGUAGGAGUACGAGUAGGGAGAUUGAUAACCGUAUUAAUGGCAUCAACUCUAGACAUUAUCGUGGUGGAUACACAUCUCAAAGGUCUCGUGAAAAGAGGUCACCUCUUCAUCAUGCCUUGGAUAGGAAGGUGGCUGAACGCACUGACUCAGUACAUAAGGUUUCACAAUUACACCGAUUUCCAAUUUCAAGGUCUACCCAGCGUGAUUCAAGGAAUCAAAACAAUAUUCAUGAUAGGGAGUGUGGUGCAGCAUCAGAUGAAUCUCCAAGUCCAUCAGAGUCACCAUCCCAUUUGCGAAGGAUGGAUCCAAGGGGAAAUAGAUCCCGUAGCCUUUCUGAGAGUCCUGUUAAACAACCUGGAAGACAGAUACCUCCUCGUGACAGACCUGAAACAAGUAGAGACAGGGAUCCCCUGAGUCAUGCCAGGGAGGAUGCUUAUCAUAGGGUUGAUUCCUCAUGCAAGAACAGUAGAGGUUCACCUGCUAAUGUGCAGCAAAAGGAUUACCAUGCUAAGGACUUCGGUCCAGAAGAGUAUUCUUCUGAUAGAUUGGCAGAUGACUGCUCUCCAGUUUCCCAAGGUCGAGCUGUUAGCUUGGAAAAUAGAAAGAAGGAUUAUGAGAAAAAAAGUGAAGAAGAUCUUCCUGAAAGACAUAAACAACUAGUAUCACAAUCACCGGAGGGAAUAGAGUAUGGUCCUGGAAGAAUAGUGGAUGAAAGCUACGCACCAGAUAAUGCUUAUGAUAGAGAGCAAUCGUCUAAGGAACAUGCAAGAGAUGCAUCCUCUUCGGAGAAAAGGGUAUCUGAUGAGCAGGCAGUGAAGAACCCUUAUGGAGAUGGUUAUGCAGUUAAAGCUGAGAGACAAUCACAUGCAAAAAGCAAUGAAUAUAGAGAAUCACAUUAUGACAUAGAAUCUGUUAAGAAGUCCAGAAAAAAGGUAGUCCGGAGCAACUGUUUGGAUAUCCAUGAUUUGGACUCUGAAGAAACUGAUACACAUAGAUAUCGGGAGAUGGAAAAGCAAAGGCACAAAAAGUCAUCUAAGCAUAAAAGGGAUUUGGAUGACAGUUCUGAAUCUGAUUCUCAGAUAGAUGACAAGAAGGAGGCGAAGAGAAGGAGGAAAGACGAGAAAAGGCAACGCAAGGAGGAGAGACGUCUAAGGCGUGAAGAGAGGCAUCGGAGGAAGUUGGAACGUCGUGCAGGCAAACUUAAAGUGAAAUCUAUUGAUACUGUUACUCCCCCAUCAGAUUUGGAGAAAAAUCAUAAUGAUGCUGAUGAAUCUGAUGGUGAUGCUGCCAUAAGAAAGGGUCCUCAUCUAAGUUACACAGAAGAAACAUUGUUAGAGCAGAAGAAGCUUGAGAUUGAGCUGCGAGAGAAGGCCCUCGAAUCUCUCAGAGCAAAGAAGGCUAUCAAUCAUUAAACUUAGGAUAUUUGAGUUGCUGUUUGUUAUUUACUAUGCAUUCAUAAGUUCUGUAGAAUGAGAUAUUCACAUGAGGUGUGAGCAUAUCCUUUCAUAUAGCAGACUGUUUAGUGUAAUCUGUGUUUACUCUGGCAGCUGAAGUCGGUAAUUGCAGAUUUGUUGAGCUGUAUUUUGUUGCAUUCAAGUUCAGACUUAGCUGCUAGAUUUCCUGGUAAUGUUCGUCUUAACUUUGCUUGGAUGAA